CUAGGCUAGCGGUUUUUAUUUCAUUGGACAACGGAGAGACGUGUGUUUCGCUCUCGAUAGCCUACAACCGGUACAACCCAAAGGUAAACCUAAGGAGACAGACGGUGGAUGUGAUUCUUAUCGUGAAUCACUUUGUCGCUUAAUUGUGGUUUCUAGAGCUACAAAUGAAACCGACACUAACUUUCUAGCGACUACUGACUACAGCAGGAAGUCGUCGUCUUUUACGUAGCCUUAUCCUGUUAACAAGUAAGUUUCAUUUAAAUUGUUCCGAUGGCACGUACGCCAUACAUAUUUAUUAGUUUGUUGGUUGCUUAGAUAACAGAAAAGUGUGUUUAUUUCUGAAUGUGUUGGGUGAAUUAACGUCAAUAUCUCCAAGUCACGUGGUUAAUAAGAUGUAUUGAAAUGCAUUUUUACUAACUUAUUCUUAACAACGUGACGUGAGUUUACGUUGAUUGACAACGGUUACCCGUAGGGAUGGGAACAGCAGUCAAGUAUUUGAUCUAACUCUACUUGGAAACACGUGAGGUAAGUUAGCUAGUAGUUUCACAUUAGUGUUGUGAGUGACCGCUAAACUGGUGAAUGUUCUUCCGUACGGUGUAACACUCUUCAUUGAUGAAACUGUAGUGUAAAACAACGACGUUAAAAAUAAUGAACGAAGCCUUUUAAUUUUACCCUGCUAUCCUAACUUUGCAUCUCUAAAUAGUAAAUCACACAUGUAGGCUAUUUUUCUGCAGAAUUACUACUUUUACUUUUAUACUUUAAGUACAUUUAGCUGAUAAUGCUUGUGUAGUUUGUAAGGAUUUUUACUAAAUCAUUUAUGUAUUACUAAAGUAAAGUAUCUGAAUACUUCUUCCACCACUGUUGAUGUAUCAGAGUGAAAACGAUGCAAGACUUCCUGUGCAACCCCAUUUCCUGCUCCUAGGAUUCACUUUAAAGUGUUGUUUGCAAACCUCUGUCUAUGAACAACACGCCUCUCGAACUUUGGCAUUAUUUCUUUGCUGGAUGCUACAAUAAUGAAGUCGUUCAGUUAAAGUUAAGUAUUAAGGUUUAAUUUCACGUCUUUAUAUUUCAAAAACUUUACAAUCUCAUUUCAUCCUUAUUGAGAAGACACAAUCCUGUUUGAUCAAUGCGUUGAUAUGGCGCCCCACCUGGUGGCUAAUUUCCCUCUUCAUGGGAACUGCUGUAUUAGGUAGAGUUCGACGUAUUGUGAUAACGAUGGUCAGAGGUCUAUCAUGGCUGACCCUGAUUUAUACUUUUUUUCAUACCUGAAACAGUUCAGGCACAAGCAAAUGCAAAAUUAUAAUAAAUGACUGUAAGCUUCAACUUGAACUGUAUGUAUUCAGGUGGUGAUUCUACAAGUGCAGCAUGGAGCCAGUUAAAGCACUAAAAGGUGUUUCUACCAAAAGCCAGCUGUUGGAUUCUCUGAAGGUUUAUCUGAACAACAAGAGCAGAUUACAACCAAUCAUUGGCCUGGGGAGUAUUAUAGAAUGUGUGAAGGUCGGUACAAACAACAGAGAAAUAGUGUUACUAUGUGAGGUAUGUGUGUGUCGACUGAAUAAAGCUGACAUGCGAAACCACAUCAUGGGAAGUCUCCACAGAUACAACUACAUUAAAGCCUGGCACCCCCACUUAAUGUCUGAAUGGAAGGAGAAGUCGGACCUGUCGAAGCUGGCUUGGCCACUCAUGGAGAUUGCUAAGAUACUUGAGGGGAAGGAGGGAUCUGGAAAUAUCCAGGUAUGUUGUUGGACUCUGUACUUUGUGGAUGCCAACAGAUGCAUGUUUGGAUAUGAGCCCUCACAUCUUUGUGUGUACAUUCAUAUAAAGUGGUUAGAGAUCGAAGAUGCUGUUUACCAGAGGAUAGCAACACACAGCGAGAAUGACGCAGUAACUCUGAUAACUAUCUUGAGAGAACAGCAGGGUGAAACUGAAAGCCAUUCAGAGAGCGAAUCUAUGCAGCCGGAGCAAGAUUCCCUCCAAUCUCAGAGGAUUGUAUUACUUUCCAAAAACCACCAAACCCAGCCCUCCGAAGUGCCAGAGGGAUAUCAAACAGUACAUGCAAUCAAGUCCAUACGGCGAAUAGAGAACACUUCACCUGUACCCUCCCUGCCAUCAGAGAACCGCAGCAGCUCUCUGAGUGGCUACACGGGAACUGAGCCUCUUAUUGGUCUUUCCCGCGUUAUUGAAUGCAGAGGGGAAAAUGGCCGCACUUACUGUUUCUUAUGUCACUGCUGCCGCAUCAGAGCCAACGAGAAUGACAUCAUUGAUCACCUAACCGGAACUUCCCAUCUCAUCAACUACUUGAUGGAAACUCAUGGUGAGCAGGUUGAGGUAAUUCUGGCAGAUAUCAAUGACGACUAUCAGCUUCUCGUACCACUGGCCAUGAAGGUGGAGAAAGAAGAGGGCAGAGGGGAGCUGAAGGUGGUAAAGACACCAGAAUCCCUCAGUAAUCAACUGACUGGCAAAAGUUACCACUGGUGUGUAAAGAUGUUGGGUAAUGGAAGGAAACAUCCAGACAUCAAAAAGCAGAGAACAGCCAACAAAGGGCCAAAUGUGAACAACCUUGCAGAUCAAGGCAUGCCAGAGAAAUGUGCUGUGGUUCUGUCACAAUGUCCAAAAAGUAGGAGCGCAAAAAGGAAAAUGAGGGGAGUGACCAAUCCUGUGUUUAAGGUAAGCCUGCCUCUAACCAAAGGUUCACUGCUGCUGGAGAGGAGUCCUUUCAUGGUGGACAGCCUUCCUGGGUCCUCUGCAUUCCCCCCGUCAUCAGACUCAGAUCUUCCAGAGUCACCAGAGAUUUACUCAGAGGAUCCUGGGGUGACCUAUGACACUGGAUCAUUUGCAAUAAACCCUGCUGAACACUCCGCACAAUAUCAGCAAGAUCCCUACAGUGGAGGAGAUGCUGGUCAAUUCAUGGAACCAGAAAGAAAUGUCACAGUGACUCUGUAUCAAAAGAUGGAUGGACAUUAUAAUGACAAUGAAUACUUUAACCAGUCAGAAGACACAUCAGAAUAUCAAAAGGUUUAUGUGGGAAAUAAUUACAACACACAACAAGGUUCUCAAGUAAGAUCAAAUAAGAGGUGUUACAAAGAAUGGCAAAAUGAAGACCAACAGACCCAGAAUUACUGGCCGACGCCUGCUGUCUCCCACACUCAGGACUGGCCAUCUCAUAACUCUGCCUACAGACAGGAGACGGGUUUCACUGAGCAGUGGUACAAUCCAACUUCACAAAAUGCAAUUGCCCCGAGAAUUGAGAGAUGCAACGAGAUGAGCUUUGAUGCUACUCAACAUUAUUACCAGCAACAACCACAAACUCAGUACAUGGCACAAAAUGAUCCAAGUCUUCAGACUGGCAGUGUGGGACAGCACUGUUGGUCUGGUGAUAAGGCUGUUUAUUCAGAUGCUGCUAGGGUCCAAAUGCAUCCUUACUUAGGAGAUCCCCAUGCACAAUAUGGCAGUAAUGCACCAGUGCCCGGAGCACAGUUUUCUGGAUUUGAACAGAAACAAGUGCAAACAUACAUGGAGUUUUCCAUUGGUCAUGUCCAAACAGCUACACCAAAUUAUAUGACACAACCUACUGCCCAUCAAGGCGUCCAAGCAGGCUAUGGGAUGCAGUCUUACCCCAACUACAAUGCUGGACCUUGGACAAACCCUAACCAACACUUUCCUCAUCAAAACAGUGGUGAACAUAGUGUUGGCUGGGGUGGCUCCCAGUCAAACGCUUACAUGCCACCUCAGCAAGCUCAGUGGCAUUAUGGAGCCCAGCCUGCUGUUAAUUACCAAGCAGCCGGUUUGAUUUGACGAUUUGAGGAAGUUCAGCUAAAACAACUCCAUGUAUGUUAUCAUUUCCAAUUUUUAACAAUGCAAAUUUUACAACCCCCCCAACUGACACCACGUUUCUAUUGAAGGAGACAUUUUUUUCUACUGCCAUUUAAUGCAAACACACUGGAUGCACUGGCUUGAUGUCUCUUUCAGAAAUGGGAAUCUCCUAAUGGAAGGAUGUUAUGCCUUUUCAUUUUGAAUGUUAUUGAUGACCAUAUUUUCAUAUCUAUCUAUAUACUAUUUUAUUUGUUAUAUAUAUAUAUAUUUUUUUUACAUUAAACAGGAUUUCUUCUUUUCUUUAAUCCAAAGCUAAAACCAAAUCUGAUAGUAGACCGUUAUUAUUAUACGUAAAAGUGUAUUUGUUGUAUCACCUGCUUACAGAAAAGUUUUACGGUGACUUAUAAAAUGUAUUUGUUCAGAGCAACCGUUGAGAAGUUAUAAAGGUUUAAAUCGGACUAAAGCUCUGUUGUUUUUUGUCAAACGAAUGUGACUUUGUAUGUUAUGUACAAGAUGUACCUGAAUUCCAAAGAAGUAUUUACUUUAAAAUUCAUUUAAAGUGAUGACCUACUUAAGUUUUGUGCUUGAUUAUAUUUUCUGAACUGUUUAUCAAAUACCUCUUUUGCCUUUUUAACAUAGUAUGUCUGGUGGUAUACUAUGUCACACAAAUGUGUUGUAUGUUUAAGUUUGGAACCUGUGUAAAAAGUGUGCCCUGUUCAAAAUAAAGGCGUACUGGAAACGCAUUUUACUGAA